AUGCAUUCCUUCGACACCAUAAUCUUCGACAUCGGUGAUGUGCUCUUUUCGUGGUCAUCCAAGACAGAAACGAGUAUCUCGUCUAAGACCCUUCGAAAUAUCCUCUCUUCUUCGACAUGGAUGGACUACGAGCGGGGCAAAGUCACCGAGCAGGAUUGCUAUGACCUCGUCGGUGUAGAAUUCUCCCUUGACCCUGCCGAAGUUCGAAAGGCCUUCGACCAGGCUCGAGAUUCCCUACAGUCCGACGACGAAAUGACAUCCCUCAUUCGAGAACUGAAAGCUAAUUCUCGUGGACGUCUACGAGUUUUCGCAAUGUCCAACAUAUCCCUGCCCGACAACGACGUUCUUCGGACGAAGCCGGCAGAUUGGUCUUUAUUCGAUCGCGUUUUCACGUCCGGAGCUGCUGGAGAACGUAAACCCCACCUAGGUUUCUACAGACAGGUCCUUGCCGAAACUAAGGCAGAUCCUCAUUCCACUAUUUUCGUUGACGACAAGCCUGAGAACGUGUUAACAGCGCGUUCCCUAGGUUUGCACGGCAUCAUUUUCGAUGACAAGUCGCGAGUGAUGAGGGCUCUUAGAAACCUACUUGGUGACCCUGUGUCACGCGGACGAGAGUAUCUGUCUAACAACGCCAAACGAUUGGAGUCGAAGACAGAUGGAGGUAUCGUCCUGGAAGAGAACUUCGCGCAACUCCUCAUUCUAGAGGCCACCGAUGAUCGCUCCCUAGUUAGUUUUGUCGAGUAUCCACGGCUAUGGAAUUUCUUCCAAGGGGAAGGACAACUUACCACCAAAGACUUCCCCUGUGACCUCGAUACAACAUCUCUCGGUCUUACGGUGUUAAAACAUGACCGAGAGCUCGUAGAGUCAAUAAUUGACGAGACGGUCGAAUAUGUGGAUUCGGAUGGAAUCAUUCAGACAUACUAUGAUCAUUCCCGGCCACGUUUCGAUCCAAUCGUCUGUGUCAACGUGCUUAGCUUGUUUUACUCGUAUGGUCGAGGCGCGCACCUGAAGCGGACCCUUGCCUGGGUACGCGAGGUGCUGUUAAAUCGGGCGUACCUCGAUGGCACUCGGUACUACGCCACCGCAGAGUGCUUCCUAUAUUUUGUGGGGCGUCUUCUACAGAGAUCUGGAGACGCUGAUUUGCAUGUGCUUCUGAAGCCUUUACUGAAGGAGCGGAUACGGGAGCGAAUCGGCGUCCAGGGCGACGCGCUGGCACUGGCGAUGCGCAUCCUAGUAUGCGAUUAUGUUGGAAUCAGGGACGAAGUGGACCUUCGUACCUUGCUUCCCCUCCAAUGCGAAGAUGGAGGUUGGGAAAUUGGCUGGAUGUACAAAUAUGGGUCGUCGGGAAUCUGCAUAGGUAACCGCGGUCUUACAACUGCCUUGGCUAUCAAGGCUAUCGAGUGUAUCGUUUCUCCUCCCCCUUCACCCACUCCCACUCUGGUGGAAACCGCUCUCCCGACGAAAGCUCGUUCAAAGAGCAAACACCGUCGGAACAGUUCCCUGAAGGACUCCUUUUCUUGGUUAGUGAAUGGAGGAAGGUUGCGAAGCCUAUCCGCUGCAGCUGUGACUGUGCAGGUUGGAUGUUAGCAUCUCAAUUAUAUAAUAAUUGUGGGACUUGCCUAUGUUACGAUGUAUAUAGCUCACCUUUGCAAUAACGUAGUGGAGAUGGAUGCAACAACGUACGUGUAG